AUGGCAAUUUUGCGGGAGAGGAGAGAGGAAAGGGUAAAGGCACCUGUCACAAUUAUUGGAGAUGUACACGGACAGCUAUAUGAUCUCCUCGAAAUGAUGAGCUUCAUUGGUCAUCCUCCAUCGAAACGAAUGCUCUUUCUCGGAGACUAUGUUGACAGAGGAGACUACAGUUUAGAAACAAUCACUCUACUGCUAGCUUUUAAGCUCAGAUUCCCAAAAGAAACAUAUAUGCUUCGCGGCAAUCACGAAACAAGAUGCGUCAAUAGGCAGUAUGGUUUUUACGAUGAAUGCAAAAGAAAGUUUCCUCGGCGAGGUGUUGAACUAUGGACAACUUUUCAACACGUUUUCAAUUGCUUACCCAUAGCUGCGGUUGUUGGCUCGCGAAUAUUUUGUGCUCACGGGGGUAUCUCUGAGGAUUUACUCUCCUUCAAACAGCUCGAAAGAGUUUAUCGUCCUACAGACAUUUGCGAUAUUGGGCUACUGUGCGAUUUGAUAUGGUCAGAUCCUUCAGCUACAACAACGUUAUACGAAGCUAGUCCCCGAGACACUUCUACUAUGUAA